UUAUUACAAUGUUAAAAUGCUGACGUAACAACCUUACCAGACGAUACAUUUUCUACUGUUUAUGAAGGACUCGAUACUGUACUGUCACCAGGGGGCACACACUAUAGUGCACUUCCACUAAACGUUUAAAUAAAAAAAUACAGCUUGCCAAGCAAAUGCAAAACAACAUAAACAGAACAAGUUUAUAGCGAUGCAUUUUCAUCAUGAGCGGUUAGACUCCUUUUGAAUUUAGACGUCUUUUGGCGUACAAACUUAAUUACAUUUUUGCGAAGCUAGUGUCAACCCUGCGGUCUCCAGUGUUGUUUUGGAGGUAGCUAACAUGGCGACUGUACCAGUCUAUUGCAUCUGUAGAUUACCUUACGACGUAACUCGGUUUAUGAUUGAAUGCGAUGCUUGUAAGGACUGGUUUCACGGCAGCUGUGUUGGGGUAGAAGAAGAUGAGGCACCAAACAUUGACAUCUACCAUUGUCCGAACUGUGAGAAAACACAUGGGAAAUCUACUUUUGUAUACAAAGACAGUGCCAAAAGUAGGGUAAUGCAGACGCAAAUGUUACAUCAAAUCAGUCAGCCACUGAAGAAUUCAGCACCUCCCAACCAAGAUGAUUCAGUGAAAAAGAAAAAGAGCUUGCAUAAACAUGACACUGGGCAGCCUCCUGAAAUCAAACCAGUGCAAAAUGGAAGUCAAAUGUUUAUUAAAGAACUCAGAAGUAGAACCUUCCCAAGUGCUGAUGAAAUAGUUGUGAAACUAAAUGGAUGCCAACUGACUGAAGAAUAUUUAGAAGAGAACGGAUUCACAGUGCCAAUUUUGAUUCCAAAAAAAGAUGGGCUGGAGAUGAGUGUACCUGCACCAACAUUUUAUGUUAGUGAUGUUGAAAAUUAUGUUGGUCCCGAAAGACUUGUUGAUGUUAUUGAUGUCACUAAACAGAAGGAAUGCAAGAUGAAGCUAAAAGAGUUUGUUGAUUAUUAUUACAGUACAAAUAGGAAACGAGUACUUAAUGUCAUCAAUUUGGAAUUUUCAGAUACGAGAAUGUCCAGUUUUGUGGAAUCUCCUGCAAUUGUUAGGAAGCUCUCCUGGGUAGAAAACUGUUGGCCUGAUGAUGCACUACUAGCAAAACCCAAAGUAACAAAAUAUUGCCUAAUCUGCGUGAAGGACAGUUACACAGACUUUCACAUAGAAUCAGGAGGGGCCUCAGCAUGGUACCAUGUGCUCAAAGGAGAGAAGAUAUUUUAUCUGAUCAAACCAGCUCCAGCAAAUAUUUCCCUCUAUGAGCACUGGAGGUCAUCUUCCAAUAACAGUGAAAUGUUUUUCGCUGACCAAGUAGACAAGUGCUACAGAUGUUCUAUAAAACAAGGACAGACACUUUUCAUCCCAACAGGAUGGAUAUAUGCAACAUUGACUCCUGUGGAUUGUCUAGCGUUUUCUGGCCAUUUUCUGCAUGGCUUAAUGGUGGAAAUGCAAAUGAGAGCAUAUGAAGUAGAAAGAAGAUUAAAAAUCUGCAGCCUUACCCAGUUUCCAAACUUUGAAACUACAUGUUGGUAUGUGGGCAGGCAUCUGCUGGAAACAUUCAAAGGAUUGCACAAGUCUGGGCAGCAACCAACACCUCUUCAGUUGCAGGGGGCAAAGAUUCUUACAGCAGCUUUCAGAUCAUGGACAAGAAAACAGGCUUUUUUUGAUCAUGAAGACGAGCUCCCAGAAAACCUCAAACCAACUCAACUCAUCAAAGACCUUGCCAGAGAAAUAAGAUUAAGUGAGCAGAAUACAUCUAAAGUCAACACAGUUGACGUGAGUGCCACUGUAACUCCUGAGGAAGUUCAUCCAGUGGAAUCUGACAUUCCCCCAUCACCAGUACCUGUUAUUACACCACCUACAGAUAAACUUUGUAAAAAAAAGGCUUCUAAAAAAGUUAAGCUACCUAAGCUGCCUAAACCCCCUAAAGUCAAGGAAGGAGGAAAGAAAAAGGGAAAGAAAGGAAAAGACAGAGAUAGAGAAAAAGAAAAGGAAAAGGAGGAGCAGGAAAAAGAAAAGGAGAAAGAUUCAGAAAAGGAAAGCACACCGCCUACUACUCCUAACCUUGAUGUACUUGAAGCACACACAAAGGAAGCACUGAUAAAAAUGGAAUCAUCAAAGAAAGCAAAGGCUAUGAAAACCUUAUUAAGUGUUCCUAACAAAGAAGUUACAAAUAAGCAGAAUGAUGCGGAAAAGUUCGAAGUCCGGGAGCAGAACAAAAUCAAAACUGAGGCUAAAUGGAAGUAUAAGAACAGUAAACCCGAUUCUUUACUCAAAAUGGAAGAAGAAGGGGAAAAGUUGGACAAGGCUCCAUUAUCAGGAAAUAGGGAUAACAACAGGUUUAUGUUUUCAUUCACAAGCAAGAAGCUGUUGUGUUCUAAAGGCAUCAAAACUCAGGUAAACUCUGGCUUCUUUGGGUCUGUGCAAAACUGUAAGGAUGACAAAACCAAACCCAUAAGAGAUGAGUAUGAGUAUGUCUCUGAUGAUGGGGAACUGAAAAUUGAUGAAUUUCCUAUACGAAGGAAGAAGAAUGCUGUAAAGAGAGACCUGUCCUUUUUGAAUGACAUCAAAUUGGAAAUAACAGAACAGUCACCAACAAAGAGACCAAAGAUGCAGCCGUUAGACACUAAGAGUGAUGAUACAACAGAUGAAGAUUCCCUUCAUAUUGAUACAGAUGCAAAGCCAGAGAAGAAUUCCAAAGUAAAUCAAGAAAACAGUACUUCUGCUGGAAUUCUUGAUCUUCUUCAAGCUAGUAAAGAAGUUGGAGGUCUGGAAUACCACUCUAACAGCAGCCAGCCUCCUGCAUCUCCUAGUACACAAGAAGCAAUUCAGGGAAUGUUGUCAAUGGCAAAUCUUCAGUCUUCUGAUUCUUGUCUACAGUCUUCUUGGAGCAGUAACCAAGCAAAAAGUAAUUCCCAUCCAGCUCCUUCAUCGAAGAAAACUGGUAGUAGUAGUAGCAGCAGACGUGCAGGAAAAAGAUUAAUCAAGAAAAGCCUGAAAUACACUCUUGAUUUUGAUGACUUUGAAGAUGAACAUGACAGUUUAGGAGAAUGUUUUAGAGAUUCUGAUUAUGUGUACCCAUCACUUGAAUCAGAUGAAGAUGAUCCAGUAUUCAAAUCUCGGUCAAAGAAGAAAAAACACUCAGAUGAUGCCCCUUACAGCCCCACAGCAAGAGUUGGUCCAACAGUGCCUCGACAAGACAGACCAGUCCGAGAGGGUACGAAAGUUGCCUCCAUAGAAACUGGGCUAGCAGUAGCAGCUGCCAAGUUAUCCAAACAGGAGGAACAGAAAAGCAAGAAGAAGAAGUGUGCCAAAAAGAAGUCACCACCAGCUAGUACGGAUACAGUUACUCAGGAAAGUAGCUCUCCAGAGCCUAAAUUGGACUCAAAUGCAAAUAGUUUAACAGAUCAUGAGUAUGCGGGUGCAGGUGCAUUUGGAGUAGCUCAAGGGAACCGAGGUUCUUCUCAGCCUAUGGCCCCAGGAGUUUUCCUAACACAAAAAUGGCCGUCAACAUCAUCACAAAACAACUCAUCUGCCAAAGAAGUCUCCAGUCCAAAACUAGACGUUUCAAAUACAUUUCUGGAGAAGAAAUUGGGAAGGGCAGACAGCAGUGCAUGUAAACGUUUAAAAAAAGGUAUGGCUACAGCUAAACAGAGACUUGGAAAGAUUUUGAAGAUCCAUCGGAAUGGAAAACUACUUCUGUAACAUUUGCUAAACAGGGACUCUAUUGGAGCUCUGCUUUUGUGGUCUGAUACUUGUCGUGGUAACUGUUUGAGGACUGCUGCAGGUUACUGCACCAUAAAUGGAAAAAAAAAAACAGUUCAGACUUUUACGACUGUACUUUAUUAAUGGUUUGUAACUUUCAGGAGCAAAAAUGUAUAGAAAAUCUGCUAUAAAUAUUUUUUAACUUUCUCAACUUCUUAGAAUGAUUGCUUCACAAAGAGUUAAAAAGUACAAACUUUUAAAUCAUUCCACAUCAUAUAACGUAUCCUUUCAACUUGUGCAGAAGUGGCAGAAGUCAUCCUGUUUCAGUGGAUACACAAAGACUGUUGAGGUCAUACUCGAGACAGAUUUUUUGCAUUUUCUUCUUUUCCUUUCGUCUGUGGUUAACCUGUAAUUGACAUGAUAGUACUUACUCCUGCAAAAGAAGUAUCUGGGACUUCAGCUAUGGACUUGAAAAGUUCACAGAAAAGAGAAACUGUAGCCUUCCCUACAAGAAAUACAUACUUGGCCACUUCUGCAUUUGGAAAACGAAUGAAAGUUGCUGUUCUCAAGUUACGGUGUUCUUCAAACUUUGUAUCUCUGGAAAGAACCAUGGAACACCAGGCCUAUGGAUACUAGAAAAAUCAUGCCUCAUUAUUCUGCAAUUUUCCAAAUCAUGGCAUUUCUAAAGAGUAUAUACUGUAUAAAUAUUAUUUUUUAUAAUCAUUGAUGUCUUUUGUUCAGAGAAUUCAGUUUAGCAAGUUUUAGGAAUCUGCUGUUUGAACCAUGGAUGAACAUCCCUAGAUGCAUGUAUUCCUAUACUACAGUACAGUUCUGCAGUGAGUAAACUUCCAUCAUACAAGAUCAGAAGUAAUUGCAGAUACCCACAUUUCCUUAAGUGAAAAUAUGUGUGCCACUCUGCAGCUUGCUGCGCUUAUGCAGAUGCGGAUAGGAUUCAUAUUUAUUAACAUAAUGAGGAGAAUACAAGGUGGCACAGUGUUGAAGUGGUUCACACUGUUGCCUCACGGUGAUUGGAUCUCCAGAUUGGAAUUCAGCUGGGGUGCCUUCUUUGUGGAGUCUGCGUGUCUUCCCUGUGCCUGAGUGGGUUUUUUCCAGGCAAUAUGGUUUCUUCCCACAUCCCAAAGACAUGACAUAGGUGAAUUGGCAAUCCUCCAAAUUGUCCAAAGGUGUGUGUGUGUGUGUGUGUGUGUGUGUGUGUG